AUGUCUUCCACCGCACCUCCUCUCAAGCCAUGGGUUCCACCCCAACCCACGCGCGAGACCGACCUUGAAUGGGCACCGCUUACCACGCUCGACCUCUCGCUCAUCCAGGGCGACGACUUCACCGACGUGCCUGAAUCCGUCGUCCGUUCGGUAGGCGAGGCCUUCUCUCGCGACGGGUUCAUCUACGCCGAAAACCACGGUCUCUCCUGGGAACACGUUCUGCGCCAAUUCGCCAUCGGUCAAUACGCCUUCCACGGUGUCUCGGAAGCGGACAAGGCCAAGUACAAAGCCGACAUUCUCGGGACAGGCUCUUUUGUCGGAUACAAGGAGCAGGGACAUUGGAAGCUGAAUGGUGUCAAGGAUCGAAUUGAACAGCUCAACUUUGGCAGUCAGAGUUUUGCGCCCGAUGCUAGGCGCAGGUUGUUUCCCGAGAGCCUGCAGGAGUUGUUGCCGGAGAUCCAAGAGUUUGCUCGCUUCAAUCACGCGGUGAUCUUGAGGAAGAUCCUGAGCGUUCUGUCAUUGGUGCUCAAGCUUCCCGCUGAUUACCUGUGGAACCUAUCGAAAGAGCCCGAGAAGCGCGGUUUGGAUCUGCUCCGUUAUGCUCUCUACCACACCCCGGAUCAGCAGGACGACGACAAACUCGGCGGAGUACGUCUGCAAGGUCACACUGACUUCAACUCGGUCUCGAUCCUCUGGUCACAACCGAUCACAAGCCUUGAGGUGCUGAUGCCUGAUAACAAGUGGCGUUUGGUUAAACACCGUGACAACGCUCUGGUGAUCAACCUUGGUGAUGCUAUGCAUUUCAUCUCGGGCGGUUACCUGAAGCAGACCAUUCACCGCGUCGUAGCUCCGCCCUCCGACCAGGCACACUACGAACGUCUAGGCAUCUUCUACUUUGCUCUGUUCAACGACGACGUCUCGCUGGAACCACUCGAACAACAGUCCGAGGUGGUCAGACAAGCCUACGCUCAACGAAAGCAACGAGAAGGCGCAGGCUUCUGGGACGCUGCCAAAGCCAACGGCCAACCCAUCCCCACCGCCGGCGAUUGGGAGAGGCUCAGAGUAAAGGCAUACGGCCAACAAAACGCCAAGAAAGCCCAAGACGGUCACGACGUCGAAGAAAUCGCCGGCCAAAAGGUCACCGGCUACAACGGCGAGCGCGUCAAGCCCAGACGCAUCCAGCACGCCGCCCUCCAGGCCUCUGUAAAGGCAAACUAA